UCUCGCGUGUCUAGUGCGAAGUCGGUUUUCAUGUUUUGAACAUUCCUGUGUUCAUAUGCGAACAGAAACCACGUUGUGCUUUAAAGGGCUUUAAAACGCACAUGAUCUUUCUGUUAACUUUAAGAAUCGGAUAGCCACAUGGAUUAAAAAACAACAAAGGUAUGUUGCUGCAGACUCUGAGGAAAAAAGAGUUCUAUAUGCUUUAUACUUCCAUUUGAAGUAUGAUCUGUUCUUUCGAAAACUAUUCCAUCUGCUUCAGACUUGUCUCAAAUCAAGUGAUUAAAGGUCGAGUAAGUGAUUUUUAACAUCUAUAGACGGUAAUCUUUGUGUGGUCCAUUGCUGAAGGAUGAGUCGUUUAAACGAGAGUGGGGGUGUCAGUGUGCCCCUCGAGGAUUACUGGAAGGAAUUCAACAGUUUCGACGACGCGGGUCAGCCGGAUGAAGAUGAAGAGGAUUUCUCCAAGACCCCCGACGAAGGAGAAGCCGAAGAAGAAUGGUUGAGAGAAGCCGGUUUUGAAAACCUUGUCGAUUCAGAACUCACUGAGCAGGAUGAAGCCGAAUUUUAUGAGGACAUUCUAGCCACUUUGACUGCUCGUCAGAUAGCCGUGGUUAAGAAGAGGCUGGACACCGUCCAGAUGUCCAAGAAGAGACGGGUACCUCGCAGCCGUCAUAGAGCGGACGUGAGAGAGCUCUUCAAUCGAGCUUCUAUGUCACCACCUGAGUCACUAUCUACCAUUCAUUCUGAACCUGCAUCUUUAAAUUUUUCCAUCGAUGGUACCAGUCUGUCUUCAAGUGCUCCAGCAGGUGAGCGAUGGCAACACAAGGUGUCUGCUAUCCACCGCAAUACAGAAGGACCACAAGCGUCUCAACAGCCCACCAAGUAUAACAGCGGCAGGGCUCUGCCUCCUCUCCCCUUCCUCCGAACUGGCCACAGCGGAGGAUUUAGUCUCAGGGACCACACUGGAGCCAUAGAUUGUGAAAGUCCAACAAGUGUCGAGGUACUAAGGUACGAAACUAGGAAGUCCAUGAUACAAGAAAGGGAAGGCUCCAAUGGAAUAAAGGAUAUGAACAGCAUCAAUUCUACAGAAAGCUAUUCAUUGGAACCAGGAUUUCAAGAAAUAUCAUCGAGGAUGAACUCAGUCAGUGACCUUGCGGAUAGCGAAAAGGACCUGGUAUCUCUGCAGAGGAAUUCAAACAUCCAGAUGGCAGAUUUGAGCGAGAAUGACCGCAAUUUGGUUCGUUCUUUGGCCAUCAUCGAGGUGGCAGCACUUUUGGACACACAUGGUCUAGUUCCGACGAGGAGGAGAAAACCUAACAGAAAGAAAGGCAAAGAUAAUGUGGUCUUUGGCGCCUCUUUAAAUUCUUUGCUGGAAUUAGAUAGACGGCGGUGUCCAGGUUUGAAAGUUCCUCUUAUUUUCCAAUGGAUACUUCACCAUCUCCAUAGCAACGGACUGCGAGAAGAAGGCUUGAUGCGGCUGGCCGGAUCGGUGCAAAAAGUUCAGGUCUUAAAAGCCGAAAUUGAAAGGAGUUACGUCACUUCACCGAAUUUAGUCGAAAAUCUGAUUCGGCAGUCAUCGGUGCACGACGUUAGCAUCCUUCUGAAGCAACUGGUGCGACAUCUACCGGAACCUUUACUCACCAAUAGUCAUAUGGAUGCUUUCCUUCAAGUGCCAAAUAUCCCAAGUAUCCAAGAUCAAAUGAAUACUUUGAAUCUGUUAAUGCUAGCUCUGCCCGACUCUCACAGGGAACUUCUACAGGAAAUUUUGUAUUUCUUAGCAAAAGUCGUUGAAGAAGAAGAAGCCAACCGUAUGUCUUUGGGCAAUGUGGCAAUGAUUAUGGCACCCAAUCUGUUUCCACCGCCAAGACUGAAAAAAGGCAACCAUAAAAGCAACGAUUUGGCAGCAGAAGUGACUGUCGCCGCGAUGUCAUCCAAAGUUACUCAACUCCUCAUUAAAUAUGGGAAUUUCUUGGGAGCCGUUCCACCCGAACUUCUCGCUCAAGCUCGACUCCAGAACAGAAGAACCUCGAACAAACACGCAAAAAGAGCGGGAAGAAAACAAAAGGGAGACAAGCAGAAAAAUGCUAAAGAUGAUUCACUCCACACUGGCUCCAUAAUCCGUGUCCAGAUGCCAUCCUUGCGUCAUCCAAAUAGCAUCGCAAUUCCAAUCACAGAAAAGACAACAGCUGGACAAGUCGUAGAACGAGCUGCAGAAGCUCUGGAAAAAAUAGCAGAUCCUCGACAUCCCUUUUCCUCUUUAGCAGACCAACAAGAGAAUAGGGCUUUCCUACAGAGGCCCAGGACAACGUCAGAACCCAUUGUCAUGCGUCACAGAUGUCUUAUGGGAUCUAAGAAAACGGGGGAUUGUUUGAAGGAUCAUUACCUAUAUUUAAUUAGAGAGAACGUUGGUGAAAGAAGACUGGACCAUGCAACAAAUAUUUUGAACAUGACAGGUUCCGGUUCUGGUCGCUUUGCUACCGGUUCCACCUGGGAGAUACGAUGCCACCACUAAAAUUAUCAGUUACUUACUCCAUUAGGCUAUUUUGUGACUCUCUCUCAAGAGCGAUAACUGCCACAUGUGAAUUGCUCAAAAGAUAACUUUCUAUAAUUUAGCGAUCCCAGAUGACCUAUGGCACGAAGAUAGGCCACUGCAAAUGAUGAAUCUUUGGCCAAGAACAUAUGGCAGAAUUGUGAAGAACGUUGGUUUCGCUGCUUUUUGCAUAGCAUUAGUUUAAUGUCACAAACUACGGGCUUUAACGGAGGGUAAAAUACAUCAUUUUCAAUAAUUACUUAAAAAACUUUGUCCUAUGAUUUUGGGCACUAUUAUUCACUUUGUGAAUACUGUUAAAGAAGUCAUAUCAUUUGAAUUUAUGAUAUCUUUUCGCAUUAUUUUGUCGUACAUUCAUUGCCCUUAAAUUUUCAUUGUAAUGUAUUUACUUGUAGUAUGAUCAUGUCGAGUAUAUUUAUGACUGCAACAUCAUCUUAGCAGUAUUAAAUUCUACGCUACUACAAGUAAAGAAAUGAUAAUUUUGAAUUUGGCUAUAAUAAAUGAGUAAUUUUACAUUUCAACAGUGUGUAUAAUAGUAUUACUGCAUGAUGUGUAAAGAUUAUUUGAUGGCCGUUUGCAGUUAUUUAAGGUAGUUAUUCGUUAAAAUUUUCAUGAUCAUUAUUUUCUUCAAAUUGCGGGCAUAGGAUUCGCAUAAGCGUAAAAAAUAAUAAAAAAGAAAUUAUGCUUUUUUUUUUCUCUGUGAAACUGACCGCAUUUGAAAUCCCAGUUUCUGCCAACGUGCUAAAAACUCCCUCACGUAUAUUCCGGAUAAAAAGUGAACGCAAUAUUCACAAAUCUUGCAUUCGGAGGGUUAAAUGCUUUCCGAAGCGUAAUAAAAACCUUAUAUUAAUUUAUUUGAAGUGGAAAUUAAUAUAUAAAUUAAAAUGCCUUUAUUAGUCCAAAUAUAAAAUGAUUGCUUCUGUAUAAAAUACCUUUUUAAAAAUAAAUAUUGUAUAAGCAAACUAAUGUUUUAAAAUAUUUAAAAUUAUUUCAUGUUCUUAACUUUGCAUUAAAAUAAAGCAAUUUUUUUACCUCGAAAUAUAUUAUGUGGACUAUUUUAUUAUCUUUUUGGUAGAAUCUCUUCAACAAAUUAAGCUUAUGUAAUUUACAAGGUAAUUAAAUAUAAGUGAAAAGCUAUUUUCUUUAUAAAAUGGCAUCAAAAAUGAAAAACUUUCUUAUACGCGAACUUAUACCUAAUUUUUGUGAGACAUUAUAUAAAGUGAUCUAACCGACUGUAAAAUGAUUAUUAGUCUAAGAUUUCGAUGUUUAUAUAUAUAAUGAAAUGUUAUAUUGUAGCAUUAUUAUUCAGAAAACUUUGACAUACUGUUUGGAUGCAUUUGUAAAUAAGACCCCCGAUACAAUCGUUUGACCAUAAUAAAAAUUUACUGAAAAA